AUGACGGUGAAGAACAGGUAUCCCUUGCCUUGGAUAGAUGACUUAUUUGACCAGAUUAAGGAUGCAAAGGUCUUUUAUGAAAUUGACCUUAAGUCUGGAUAUCAUCAAUUGAGGAUCCACGAGGCAAACAUACACUUUACAACUUUUCACACUAGAUAUGGGCACUAUGAGUUUACAGUUGUGCCAUUCAGUCUCACGAAUGCACCAUCAGUCUUCAUGAGCCUGAUGAAUGGUCCAAAGAAGUGGCAGCAACUGACUGGUAAAAGGGCAGUUUUUGACAGUGAAAGUGUCAAUUUUUUCUACUUUCUCAAAGAGAAAAAGAGAAAGGAAGAUAUUGAAGAAGCAGAUGGUGCAGUAGUACACAAUGGAAGUUUAGAGGAAGAAGUGACCCCAAGUACCAUAGAAGGUGAAAUUGAAGAGGUAGAUAGUCCAUUCAGUGACUUUGGGCAGCAGAUGCAUGCUGAAGUGGAGAGUGAGAAGCAAAGAGUUGAAGAGGAAACUUAUAUGGCAAAGGUUCUUGAGGAUGAGCAAGGGUUAGAGACCAAUGUGGCUGAAGAACAUGGUCUUUAUCCUGAUGAUGGAGUUGUUGAACAGAUUAGAUGA